AAGUAGCCGCUAGUGCAAUAGAAUAUAAAGCGUUGGAGGGCGCUCCUGAUGCUGAUCUCAUCCCGCGAGUGUUAUCUAAAUUGGUUUCGUGUAUAUCAAUAGCAUAGAUUCUUCUCCCCAUCGCUCAUUUUUUUCAAUAAAACAACAGUAACAGUGCAAAAAGGUUAACAACGAAUUGGACAGGAAGGAAAUUUGAAACCUAUCAAUUACUGUGGUUUUCGCUCGUUUGUGAAUUAAGUGUGUCUGAGGUCAAUUAUCAUGUCCGAUAGGCAGCAGAACGGUUCCGAUGCAGUCGACAAGGCCACGGUAGAAGUAGCGCAAAUGGCAUUGGAAGACCCCGCACCCACUGGCGAUUCAAAGGGUGCGAUAGCAAAAUCGACCGAAAACAAUACCGCUUCCAAGAAGGAAGAUAAUGGAACUGCCUGUGUUGUCGCCCCCGUUUCGACUGCUGCUUUUAAAGAGCAAUUCAAGGCAUUCUCCAAGUUUGGGGACACUAAAUCGGAUGGAAAACACUUGACCCUGUCCCAGAGUGAUAAGUGGAUGAAACAAGCAAAGGUUAUCGACAAAAAAAUUACCACAACUGACACCGGUAUCCACUUUAAGAAGCUAAAAUCGAUGAAGCUUACAUUCGAAGACUAUAAUAAAUUUCUCGAAGAUCUGGCGAAGACCAAGAAGGUGGAACUUGAGGAAAUCAAAAGCAAAAUGGCUAAUUGCGGAGCACCAGGUGUUCAUAAUGCAACCCCCGGUAAGGCUGCUGAAACGGUGGCCAGGUUAACUGAUACAUCUCGCUAUACUGGAUCGCAUAAGCAGCGUUUCGACGAGUCCGGCAAGGGUAAGGGAAUUUCGGGCCGCAAAGAUAUGGCGGACAAUUCCGGAUACGUUUCCGGCUACGGCCAUAAAAAUACCUAUGAUAAAACGCAUUAAGACCUCCUACUCUUCCGACAAAUCUUCCUAACUUUAAAUGAUAUUGUUCAAAGCAAAACUGAAUCAAAAUCAUACAUUGUCUUCUAGAUAUUCAACGAUUGUGCUGCAUUGUUUUGAACGUAAAUCUUUGUAAAUGAAAAGUUGAUUUUGUUCUGUUUUAUAUACCUAAGUUUUAAACGUUGUUAUGUACAUCGCUAGUAUUGUUUCAUAUGGAUUAUUUGUUUUGGAGGUGACUCUAGUCGUUACAUGCGCAAUAGGACGAAAUCUAAGUGCUUAGUAUUCUUAUAAACCUGCAUUUUGAACAUCUCUUUUAAAAUUGCACCCAAGACAUUUUUCUAUCCAGAGCGUAAGAGUAUAUACAGUUCAUUGUGAAUGACUACAAACUAAAUAAGAAUAGGUUAAGAACCCCAAAAAACACAAAAUAUAUUCGUAUUUUUCCUCUACAUGAU